CAACAUAAGGGGCGUUCCUGUGGUGACAUGUGGAGGAGGCAAGGAGAGGAUUGUUGCCGAGGACGCGUUCAGCUGUCAGAGAUAACGCUGCUCUUACCUGGAGUUUCGCUGCCAUGGACUUAACCGAGGAUAGCCUGUGGAAAUGAUCCCGUGCUGACCCACUUCUUCUCGCGUGUGCUUCCACGACUGGUUUAUUAUCUUCACGUCUUUCUAUACGUUCCUCUGAAAGGUGCAGUUAACCCCGAGGAAAGAUGUCGGACAAGAUGUCUAGUUUUCUUCAUAUCGGGGACAUAUGUUCCUUGUAUGCAGAGGGCUCCACCAGUGGAUUUAUCAGCACUUUAGGGCUGGUGGACGACCGCUGUGUGGUUCAACCAGAAUCAGGUGACCUCAGCAACCCGCCCAAGAAAUUUAGAGAUUGCCUCUUCAAACUGUGUCCAAUGAACAGAUACUCGGCACAGAAACAGUUCUGGAAAGCUGCCAAACCAGGAGGCAACAGCACCACUGAUACCGUCCUCCUGAACAAACUCCAUCAUGCUGCUGACCUGGAGAAGAAGCAGAAUGAGUCUGAAAACCGAAAGCUGCUGGGGACAGUCAUCCAGUAUGGAAAUGUAAUCCAGCUGCUACACUUGAAAAGCAAUAAAUACCUGACUGUGAACAAGCGUCUACCCGCGCUCUUGGAGAAGAAUGCCAUGAGAGUGACUCUGGACUUGGCGGGAAAUGAGGGAUCCUGGUUCUACAUCCAGCCCUUCUACAAGCUGAGAUCCCUGGGAGACAGUGUGGUGAUUGGUGACAAAGUUGUCCUAAAUCCAGUAAAUGCAGGACAGCCUCUUCAUGCCAGCAGCCAUCAGCUCGUGGACAACCCAGGUUGCAAUGAGGUUAAUUCGGUGAAUUGCAACACGAGUUGGAAGGUUGUUCUGUUCAUGAAAUGGAGCGACAACAAGGAGACGAUACUCAAAGGGGGUGACGUCGUUCGGUUGUUCCAUGCAGAGCAGGAAAAGUUUCUUACUUGCGACGACCACAGGAAGAAGCAGUAUGUGUUCCUUCGAACCACUGGCCGGCAAUCUGCAACUUCAGCCACAAGCAGCAAAGCAUUAUGGGAAGUGGAGGUGGUCCACCAUGAUCCAUGCAGAGGAGGGGCAGGCUACUGGAACAGCCUGUUUAGGUUCAAACAUUUGGCCACAGGCUGUUACCUGGCUGCAGAGGUGGGUGAGGUGAAUCCAGACUACGAGGAGGAGAAUGCUGAACAGCGAUCUGCUGUGGUGGACUUUACACCCUUUAAUUUCCAGCUGGAUGGAGAUAAUGAAGCGCCUCGAGGCCGCCUCCGAGCUCCCCAGGAGAAAAUCAUGUACACUCUGUCGCCUGUUCCUGAUGGUAUGGAUCUCUCCUCCAUCUUUGAGCUGGACCCCACCACUCUGAGAGGAGGGGACUCCAUGGUGCCCAGGAGUUCCUACGUCAGGUUGAGACACUUGUGCUCCGGCACAUGGGUUCAUAGCACCAACAUCCCUAUCGACAAAGAGGAGGAGAAACCUGUCAUGCUACGGAUUGGAACAUCAGGAAUAAAGGAAGAUAAGGAAGCCUUUGCAAUAGUCCCAGUGCCUCCAUCAGAAGUGCGUGAUUUAGACUUUGCUAAUGAUGCAAGUAAAGUGUUGGCUUCCAUCGCUGGCAAACUGGAGAAAGGCACCAUCACACAAAAUGAAAGGAGGUUUGUGACCAAGCUCCUGGAAGAUCUGGUUUUCUUUGUGGUAGACAUUCCCAACAGUGGCCAGGAUGUUCUGGAGAUCAUGGUCAACAAACCAAACAGAGAAAGACAAAAACUAAUGAGGGAGCAAAACAUUCUUAAACAGAUUUUCAAACUUCUCCAAGCCCCCUUCACAGAUAGUGGUGAUGGCCCCAUGCUGCGCCUGGAGGAGCUCGGGGAUCAGCGCCACGCUCCGUUCAGACACAUCUGUAGGCUUUGCUACAGGGUCCUCCGCCAUUCUCAGCAGGAUUACAGGAAGAACCAAGAAUAUAUCGCCAAGCAGUUCCGUUUCAUGCAGAAGCAGAUUGGAUAUGAUGUGUUGGCAGAGGACACAAUAACAGCUCUUCUCCAUAACAAUCGGAAGUUGCUGGAAAAACACAUCACCGCUGCUGAGAUAGACACAUUUGUCACACUAGUGAGGAAGAACCGGGAGCCGAGGUUUCUGGACUACCUGUCAGAUCUGUGUGUGUCUAUGAAUAAAUCCAUCCCAGUGACACAGGAGCUCAUCUGCAACGCAGUUCUGGACUCUAGUAACUCUGACAUCCUCAUCGAAACCAAAUUGGUGUUGUCGAGGUUUGAGAUCGAGGCAGGAGUAAAUGGGGAGGCUCCUGUAGAGGCGGAAGAUGAGGAGGAGGUCUGGUUGUUCUGGAAAGACAACUGCAAGGAGAUUCGCAAUAAGAGUGUUCGUGAGUUGGCCCAGGAUGCAAGGGAGGGCCAGAAGGAGGAUCAAGAAGUGGUCAGCUACUACAGGUGCCAGCUGAACCUCUUUGCCCGGAUGUGUCUGGACCGUCAGUACCUGGCCAUCAACAAGAUCUCUGGUCAGCUGGAUGUGGAUUUGAUCCUGCGAUGCAUGUCUGAUGAGGACCUGCCGUAUGAUCUGCGGGCGUCUUUCUGCCGCCUGAUGCUGCACAUGCACGUGGACCGGGACCCUCAGGAGCAGGUCACACCUGUCAAAUAUGCCCGCCUGUGGUCUGAGAUUCCAUCCCAAAUAGCUAUUGAUGACUACGACAAUGAUGGAACCACCCGAGAUGAGAUCAAGGAACGGUUCAGCCUCACCAUGGAUUUUGUGGAGAACUACCUGAGGGAAGUGGUGUCACAGAACGUUCCCUUCUCUGACAAAGAGAAAAACAAGCUGACCUUUGAGGUUGUGAACCUGGCGAGGAACCUCAUAUACUUUGGUUUCUACAACUUCAGUGACCUGCUGCGCUUGACAAAAAUCCUUCUGAACAUUUUAGACUGUGUGCAUGUCAGCACUGUUUACCCCAUAAACAAGAUUGAGAAGGAGGAUGAAAAUAAAGCAGGCAGUAACGUCAUGAAGUCCAUUCAUGAAGUGGGGGAGCUGAUGACACAGGUGGUGCUGCGAGGAGGUGGUUUGCUGCCCACCACACCGACCCAUCAGCCUGAGGGAGAAGUGGUGAAAACUCAAGCUGAACCUGAGAGGGAGGACAUCAUGGUCAUGGACACAAAACUCAAGAUCAUUGAGAUUCUACAGUUUAUUUUAAACGUGCGGCUGGACUACAGGAUUUCCUGCCUGCUCUGUAUUUUCAAACGCGAGUUUGAUGAGAACAACCCCCAAAGAGACACCACCACCAGUCCCAAUGGAACCAACAACGUUACGGCUCAGAUGCCGGGAAAUUUAGACUUUGAGAACAUUGAGGAACAAGCAGAAGGAAUCUUUGGUGGAAGCGAGGAAAACUCUCCUCUAGACCUGGACGACCAUGGAGGUCGCACAUUCCUUCGGGUCCUGCUGCACCUGACCAUGCACGACUACCCACCCCUUGUGUCUGGAGCUCUUCACCUGCUCUUCAGACACUUCAGCCAGAGACAGGAGGUCCUCAUGGCCUUCAAACAAGUCCAACUGUUGGUCACCAGUCAGGAUGUUGAGAACUACAAGCAGAUCAAGUCAGACCUGGACCAACUGCGCUCUAUUGUGGAGAAGUCUGAACUGUGGGUUUACAAAAGGCAAGGAGAAGAUGGGAUGGAUGGAGAUGGACCUUCAGAGUCUGACAACAAAAAGAAGGGAGAUUCUCCCGGUUCAGAUAGGAAGACAUCAGAAAGCACCAGCAGUUACAACUACAGAGUUGUAAAAGAGAUCCUUGUUCGCCUCAGUAAGCUGUGUGUCCAGGAGGGAUCUUCAGGAAGGAAGUGCAAGAAACAGCAGCAGAGGCUUCUGAGGAAUAUGGGAGCUCAUAGUGUGGUGCUGGAGCUCCUGCAAAUCCCCUAUGAGAAGGGGGAGGACGUUCAAAUGCAGGACAUCAUGAAAUUAGCUCAUGAAUUCCUGCAGAACUUCUGUGCAGGGAAUCAACAGAACCAGGCUCUACUACAUAAGCACAUCAACCUAUUUCUUAACCCAGGAAUUCUGGAGGCUGUCACCAUGCAGCACAUCUUUAUGAAUAACUUCCAGCUGUGCAGUGAGAUCAGUGAGCGAGUAGUUCAGCACUUCGUCCACUGUACAGAGACACAUGGUCGACAUGUGCAAUACCUCAAAUUUCUGCAGACCAUCGUUAAAGCGGAAAACAAGUUCAUCAAGAAGUGUCAGGACAUCGUCAUGGCAGAGCUGGUGAACUCUGGUGAAGAUGUCCUGGUCUUCUACAACGACCGCGCCUCUUUCCAGACCCUGGUCCAGAUGAUGCGUUCAGAGCGGGACCGAAUGGAUGAGAGCAGUCCUCUGAUGUAUCACAUCCACCUGGUUGAGCUGCUGGCUGUCUGCACCGAGGGCAAGAACGUCUACACUGAGAUAAAGUGCAACUCCUUGCUUCCCCUGGAUGAUAUUGUACGGGUUGUCACCCAUGAGGACUGUAUCCCAGAGGUGAAGAUCGCCUAUAUCAACUUUCUUAACCACUGUUAUGUGGACACAGAGGUGGAGAUGAAGGAGAUCUAUACAUCCAACCACAUGUGGAAGCUGUUUGAGAACUUCCUAGUAGACAUUUGCAGGGUUUGCAACAACACUAGUGACAGGAAGCAUGCAGACACCAUGCUGGAGCGCUAUGUAACCGAGACUAUCAUGAGCAUCGUCACAUGUUUCUUCAGUUCACCUUUCUCUGACCAGAGCACAAGCUUGCAGAUGGCACGUCAUAUGUAUACUCGCCAGCCAGUAUUUGUUCAGCUGCUUCAGGGAGUGUUUAGGGUGUACCACUGUAGCUGGCUUAACCCUGUUCAGAAGGCCUCGGUCGAGGCCUGCAUUAAAGUGCUGUCAGACGUGGCAAAGAGCAGAGCGAUAGCCAUUCCUGUAGAUCUCGACAGUCAGGUGAACAACUUGUUUGUCAAGUCCAAUAAUCUUGUGCAGAAGAGCAUCCUCAACUGGAAACUAUCUACUAAAAACACAUCAAGACAAGACUCGAGCCUUUCUGGGUCUAAAGACUACAGAAACAUCAUCGAGAGGCUACAGGACAUUGUGUCUGCACUAGAGGACCGUUUGAGGCCGCUGGUCCAGGCUGAGCUCUCGGUCCUGGUGGACGUCCUGCAUCGCCCAGAGCUGCUCUUCCCUGAAAAUACAGAUGCACGCAGGAAAUGUGAAAGUGGAGGAUUCAUAUCAAAACUGAUCAAACACACCAAGCAGCUGCUGGAGGAGAAUGAGGAGCGUCUGUGCAUCAAGGUUCUGCAAACACUCAGGGAAAUGAUGACCAAAGAUCGAGGCUAUGGGGUGAAGCUGAUUGCCUUUGAUGAUGAAACGGAUGUGGCUGAGCUGGCACCUCCCCCUGAGCCUGACGUUCCUGCAGAGGAGCUUGAUCCCAACCAGCCACUGAAGCAAGUGGAGGAUCAGAGGAGGGGUGAGGCUCUGCGGCAGAUUUUAGUCAACCGAUAUUAUGGAAAUGUCAAAUCUGGUCAGAGGAGAGAGAGCAUCACCACCUACAGCAAUGGUCCACUCGCUCCAGGAGCACAGGGAAAAUCGAUUACAGUCGUCAGCCCUGGGGUCGGAGGUCGAGGGGAGCUGAGUUUGGCUGAGGUCCAGUGCCACCUCGACAAAGAAGGCGCAUCUGAUCUGGUCAUUGAUUUAAUCAUGAAUGCAACCAGUGACCGGAUCUUCCAGGAGAGCAUCUUGUUGGCAAUAGCACUGCUGGAGGGUGGAAACACCGUCAUCCAACUGUCAUUCUAUCAUCGUCUAACUGGAGACAACAAGUCAGAGAAAUUCUUCAAAGUCUUUUAUGAGCGCAUGAAACUAGCCCAGCAGGAAAUCAAAGCUACGGUGACUGUCAACACCAGUGACCUGGGGAACAAAAAGAAGGAUGAGGAGCCACCAGACAAAGAUUUGCCAGCACGCAAGAAAGCAAAAGAUGUGCCAGCUGUAGCGCUGGUGACGGAGGAAGUGAAGGAGCAGCUGGUGGAGGCCUCUGCCAUCACCAAGAAGGCCUACACAACCUAUCGCCGCGAGGCUGAAGCCGAAGAGCAGCAAGCGGCUGCCGAAGGUUCGCCCAUCCCAACCCCCGAUAAGAACCAAGACGAAGGAGAGAUGAGUGUCAUCAUCACCAUCAUGCAGCCCAUCCUGCGCCUCAUGCAGCUGCUUUGUGAGAACCAUAACCGAGAUCUGCAGAACUUCUUACGCAACCAGAACAACAAGAACAACUUUAAUCUGGUGUGUGAAACUCUUCAGUUUCUGGACUGUAUCUGUGGCAGCACCACCGGUGGGCUGGGGCUGCUGGGACUCUACAUUAACGAGAAGAAUGUGGGACUCAUCAACCAGACAGUGGAGAGUCUGACUGAGUACUGCCAAGGUCCUUGUCACGAGAACCAGAACUGCAUUGCCACUCACGAGUGCAAUGGCAUUGAUAUCAUCAUUGCUCUCAUUCUUAAUGACAUCAACCCGCUUGGUAAGAAGAGGAUGGAUUUGGUGUUGGAGCUCAAGAAUAAUGCCUCCAAGCUGCUUCUUGCAAUUAUGGAGAGUCGCCAUGACAGUGAGAACGCUGAGAGGAUUCUGUAUAACAUGAGGCCUAAGGAGUUGGUGGAAGUUAUAAAAAAAGCCUACAUGCAGGGUGAGAUAGAGGUGGAGGAGCCAGAGGAGGGUGAAGACAAAGAGGAGGAACACUCUGCGUCUCCUCGCAACGUUGGUCAUAAUAUCUACAUCUUAGCACAUCAAUUAGCCCGUCACAAUAAGGAACUGCAGGUCAUGUUGAAACCAGGGGGCACGUAUGGAGAAGGUGACGAAGCUCUGGAGUUCUACGCCAAACACACGGCCCAGAUUGAGAUUGUACGACUGGAUCGCACCAUGGAGCAGAUCGUAUUUCCAGUCCCUAACAUCUGCGAGUUUCUCACUCAAGAGUCCAAAUUGCGUGUCUACUACACCACAGAGCGGGAUGAACAAGGCAGUAAGAUCAAUGACUUCUUCCUGCGCUCUGAGGACCUCUUCAAUGAGAUGAAUUGGCAGAAGAAGCUGCGAGGUUCUCAAGAGGCUACUGGUAACACAAACACCGUUCCCUCCCAGCCCGUCCUGUACUGGUGCUCCAGGAACAUGUCCUUCUGGAGUAGCAUCUCCUUCAACCUGGCUGUUCUCAUGAACCUCCUUGUGGCUUUCUUCUACCCACUGGAAGGGUUUCGUGGAGGUACUCUGGAGCCCCACCUGUCUGCCCUGCUAUGGAUGGCCAUGCUGGUGUCUCUGGCUAUCGUUAUAGUACUGCCUCAGCCACAUGGUAUCAGGGCGUUGAUUGCCUCCACCAUCCUGCGUCUCAUCUUCUCUGUGGGCUUAGAGCCCACGCUGUUCCUUCUUGGGUCUUUUAAUUUAUGUAACAAGGUGAUAUUUCUGAUGAGCUUCGUUGGGAACAGAGGGACUUUCACACGUGGAUACAUAGCCAUGAUCAUGGACGUGGAGUUCCUGUACCACCUGCUCUACCUAAUUAUCUGCACCUUAGGGGUCUUUGUCCAUGUCUUCUUCUACAGCCUGCUGCUCUUUGAUCUGGUUUACCGCGAAGAGACCUUACUGAAUGUGAUAAAGAGUGUCACCCGUAAUGGACGCUCUAUCGUUCUGACUGCCGUGUUGGCCCUCAUCCUCGUCUACCUCUUCUCUAUUGUGGGCUACAUUUUCUUCAAAGAUGACUUCAUUUUGGCUGUAGACAGGAUACCCAAUAAAACUCUAGAACAUGGAGCCAGCAUGGUGGGAGAGCUCUUCUCUGGUGGAGCAUGUCAGAAAGAAAGUGGAGAAAACUGCUCUGCAGAAGCUGUAGUGGAGGCUUCUGUUGCUGUCCAGCCGUCAGUGGUGAUUGAGGACAAAGAGCGAACGUGUGAUUCCUUACUCAUGUGCAUUGUCACAGUACUGAGUCACGGCCUCAGGAGUGGAGGAGGUGUAGGGGACGUCCUGCGGAAGCCAUCCAAAGAGGAACCUUUGUUUGCAGCCAGAGUCAUCUAUGACCUGCUCUUCUUUUUCAUGGUCAUAAUUAUUGUCCUCAAUCUCAUCUUUGGUGUCAUCAUUGACACGUUUGCCGACCUGAGGAGCGAGAAACAGAAGAAAGAAGAAAUCCUGAAGACAACAUGUUUUAUUUGCGGUCUGGAGAGAGACAAGUUUGACAACAAGACUGUUACUUUUGAAGAACACAUCAAAGUUGAGCACAACAUGUGGCACUACUUGUUCUUCAUCGUCCUGGUGAAGGUGAAGGACUCCACUGAAUUCACCGGACCAGAAAGCUAUGUGGCAGAAAUGAUCCGGGAUCACAACUUGGACUGGUUUCCACGGAUGCGCGCCAUGUCCCUGGUAAGCAGCGACGCAGAUGGAGAGCAGAAUGAAAUCAGAAACCUGCAGGAGAAACUGGAGUCCACCAUGAAGCUGGUGACCAACCUCUCAGGCCAGCUGACCGAGCUCAAGGAGCAGAUGACCGAACAGAGGAAGCAGAAGCAGCGAAUCGGCCUGUUGGGACACCCUCAGCACAUGAACGUCAACCCCCAGCAGCCCGCGUGAGCUACAGCGACAGCUUCCUGUUGGCCUGGUGUCGGGAUGGAGCGUUCAGUCCUCUGGCUAAGGUUUCACUUAAAGUAGGCGACACAGAGUGUGAAAGUACCGUAAAACGGUAGGGAAACACUGUAACAUAGGUAGUUAUAAGGCGAUGUGUAGCUCUAGCCCUCACAGGUGUAACACUCACCCACCGUUAAAUGGUUCAUAUUGGUGCCAAAUGUUUGCGUUUUGUGCAAAAAAGAAAUUGGAUUUCUCAACACAUGGCCUUUAAUGGUUGAUCUUGAAUUUUUUCUUUAGAAUUUUCUCUUUUCCUCCCAACACCAUGGGCAGUAUUUCAUGUCUUAUUUUUGUAUGUUGUGCAAUACAUGAACAUAAAUAUGCAACUUUAAUGUUGUUUGAAAUUUAAGUUGUGGAUUAUUGUCUAAUUUAAAUCCACUGAUUAAUGAUUUAGUCUGUUUUUGGACACUAGAUAAGUAAGGAGUUGCUGACUGUCUGUACUUAAAAAUAUUGGCUACUCAAUAAGCUGAUCGUCGGAAUAUUACUUUCUUCUCCUUUCUUGACUUCUGGACUCAUAGCUAGUAUAUUGUGUGAGAGCAAUAUAAACCGAUAGAUUUCUUACACCUGUAUACAUGGAAUUAGCUUUCUUGUUUAACUGGUUGUUUAAAGUAGAGUUUAAAUUCCCAGUGUGACUGAUGCUAUUAGAAUUUGCUCAGGAGUUCUGUAGUUUAUAUGUAUAUUACUGGUUCGAUAGGUUUUCCUGAUUACCAUUCAAACUUUUUUUAAAGUAGAAUUUACUAAACCGAAGCUGCUUCUUUUUUGUUUUGAUUUAUAUAUUUUUUUCAUGCUUUGGAUGGACUUUUUUUUUUUACUAAUGUGUACAUAAAGCUUGUUGCUUACCUUGCUUUUGUAUAGAAAAAUAAGAUGUGCAAAUAUAUUGAAUAAUAUUGAGAAUUAAUUAAAAUCCAAUCCAAGUCAUGUCAAUUUGAAUAUUAAAGUAGAACAACUUAUUAAAAUUGAUGUAUGUAUCCUUUUUUGUGCUGUUUUUAUUGGAACACCUUAGGUUUGCCAUAAACGAUGUGCUUCAUGUUUAUGAAACUGAAAAUCAGUAGAGGACUACUCAUGUUUGUCAGUACAUUCACUCCAUUCUCGCUCUAAUCAGUAUUUAAAUAAAUCAUUAAUGCUCAUAAAGAAAACAUAAUAUUCAUUAUAAUCCUUUGAGAAUGCUUAUUUUUAUAUUACAAAUUCACUCACAGCUCAAGUGUUUUUAACAUUUUGUGAUUAGUUAAAAUACUCGUCACUUUUACUUUACACCAUUUUAAACUGAAUAUGAUUCCCUCUUAUGCAACUGUUGUAAAAAAGUACAUUUUUGUUCAUAAUAAAUUGAUGAUCAUUCAUGAUAAAGCAAAAUGUGACACUUUUAUUUAUAUUUAUUAAAAUAAUUUGAACUAAAUAACUUUAACCUGCUCAAAUCCACGCCACUCUCUCCCAUUGUUCCUAUUCAUCAAUGCUUACUUUAAAUUAUCAUCAUUGUAAAAAACGUUUUCGCAGAGCCUUUACCUAUGACUCAUUUAGAAUUCUCAAACAUCCUGAUUAAAACUUAAACGGGCUUUGCUGGUCAACCUGACUGGAAACUUUGCCAGAGACUUAAAUAUUUAGGCUGCAUUCCAUUUCUGAUCUGAAAAUGACAGGCCUCACUCAACCGUGUUCCAGUUGCAAAUCCCACUGUAGCAACAUGUGCACCAGUUAGGACACUACCCUCUUUGUGUGUGUGUGUGUGUGUGUGUGUGUGUGUGUGUGUGCGUGUGCGUGCGCGCGCGCACAUACACACACACACGGCUAGAUUAGGAUAACAAAAGGUUCAUUCCUUCAGCCAUCAAUUUGCUUCCUGAGUGGGUAGCCAUGUUGGAUUUUAAGGGCAAGGCUUGUCACAGAUAUCUGACUUUCUGAUCCAAAAUGUAGACUUUGGUGUGUAAGAUUUUUUAAUUCCAUCUUGAAUCUCAGAAUUUUUUCCAAAUACCAGUGAAUUACACUAUUAGAACUAGGGCCUGCUGAUAUAUCGGGCCAAUAUUUACAGUUUAUUUGUUUUUGUUUUUGUUUGUUUUUUAUCGACGAUUUUACAUUCACUAAUAGCAUCUGCAUAAUAAUCACUCUAAAUUAACUUUUUUUGGGUGCCUGAUAUUAACACCGAGUGUUGCACAAAGCUAAGAUUUAACAGUUCGUUAAAGUCAGAGUUCAAACACUGAUUCAGCUUCAGAAUUUUUGUGCAUCAACUGAUGUUAUUUAUGACAUUUUAGCAUGAAAAUAAGGUGGAAAGCAUCUGGAUAUCAGCUUAUAAAUCAGUACAUAUUGACCGUAUCGGCAUCGAUAUCUGCAUUAGAAAAAUCAUUAAUCUAUUGACCUCUAACUGCAACCUACUGCAACAUCAACAGGUCUGCAACAAGGGAAUAGCCAUUUACCAGCAUUUAAUUUCACCUUUUAUUUAAGAGAUUGUGUUAUUAUUUUUGAAAAAACAUGCAUAUGGUUAAAAUGUGUUUUUCCGUAUUGGCCUAAAGAUAAAGAAAAUAGUUGGCCAUUUUGGUCAGAUGAUGCCAUUUGGUAAUUUUUACACAUAUUGUAUUUUAACUAACUUCUCCUAGGGCUUUAGACCUACGACCUAAAAUUGAUAAGCCAUUGGGAAUCAAAAGUUGUCUAAAUAGUUUUCAAAAGGACUAAUGGUGUGGGUGUGGCUUAGUCUCAAAUAUUGAUCUUUUGACAUUAAAGUCCUUGGUUUAUUAACUUGCAGACACAUGAUCAGAGCUGUAUCCAACUUAGUGUGUGUCAUCACAAAUCUCAAGCUAAUGACAGUGUCAUUUCCUGCCAUCACCAAAGCCACUACCCCUGACAACAGCAAGUAUAUUCUUUUACUCGAAAAGGUCCACAUUUGACCCUUUGUAUCAAAUUAACAUGAGACACUGCCCGAUUACAGAAGACAUGCUGGUAUAAUGCAGCAUUCAGUACUGAGAUAUUUCAAGAGAGGAUGGGGUUGUGGUGGCACGGCAAAAUCGUAUGGCAAGCUGUGGCCUUACGUUUGGCUGUAAGUUUGUCAUACACACUGAUUUUCACCAAAUUAGACACAAUAGAUGUUAAUACAGCCUCUCAAAGAAAUGGUUGCAAAUUGUUGGUAAUUGUAGUCUUAAUUUUGCCCCAGGGCCCCUUGCAUACAUUCAUCUCUUUAAUAACUUCGACAAAAAAGGUCAUAAUAUGUCAGUAUGACUUUCUUGUUUAAUCCUUGUAGCUGUGUUGAGUGUUAACUUGAAAAGGUUUGUACACUCUGUGAGCCCCUAGCUGCCUUUUAUACACAACAAGCUAUCCUAUCCAUUCCUGAUACCAUUUAAAUAUAGCUAUUGUCCCAUAAUUAAAUCUGAGAUACAGACUCAAAAAUGGAACCACAAUUAGCCAACUCCUCUACAUAGAUGACAUAAAGCUGUACACCAAGAGCGAGCGAGACAUUGACUCACUGAUCCACACCACCAGGAUCUACCGCACUGCUACUGGAAUGUCAUCUGGACUUGAGAAGUGUGGUCGAAUGGUGACAAAGGAAGGGAAGGUAAUACAUACAGGAGGGGUCUCACCCCCAGAAGGAACAAAAUCAGACAUUGAGGACAGCUACAAAUACCUUGGUGUCCAAAAAACAAAUGGCAACCUCGAUGAGGCUGCAAGGAAAUGAGCUACAACCAAAUAAAACAAAUAAGGCAAGUGCUAAGAAAUCAGCUCAAUGGCAAGAACAAGAUUUGGGAAAUAAACAGCUAUGCCCUGCUAGUAAUCAGAUAUCUGUCAGGAAUAAUG